AUGCAGAUCACAUAUUCUGUUGUCGCUUUUGUUAUGGCUAUUGCUUGUACCAACGCUGCUCUCGUCGCAAAUGCUAACGCGGUACCGGUCACCACGUUUGCUGGGCCCCUGACCCUUGAUUUUGAUACCUGCAUCACUUUGGAGCAGAGAUUAACGGACAUUGCACGGGCAAGCUGGGCGGAAGGAGAGUUGUUGGCGAAAUGCCAAAGUUGCUUCAACCAGGGCUUUAUGGAGUACUGUGAUAAACCCGAGAACACGGCUGGGAGGCAUGGGAGAAUUACGAAUAUACCAGAGAGCUCGAAGGAGUGCUACCGAAAGAUGUUUGCUGGGUGUGAAGCGUGA